AUGGAACCAAAAGAAGUUGUUGAUUUCUCUUUCUCUUCUCCAACUCCCCCCUCCUCAUCGACUAGGUGGUGGAGUAAGGAGACGGUUGCCGUGGUGACCGGAGCCAAUAAAGGCAUAGGGUUUGCGGUGGUGAAGCGCUUUGCGGAGCUGGGUUUGACGGUGGUUUUGACUGCCAGAGAUGUUGGAAGAGGAAACAAAGCCACGGAGACACUGAGGGAGCAAGGCCUUCACAAUGUGCACUUCUUUCCCCUCGAUGUUUCAAGCCCUGCCUCUAUCAAUGCCUUCGUUUCAUGGCUCCGAGUUACCUUUCAAGGUUUGGAUAUACUUGUUAAUAAUGCAGCUGUUUCGUUCAAUGAAAUCGGCGAGAACUCGGUGGAGCACGCCGACACUGUAAUCAAAACCAAUUACCAUGGAACCAAGCUACUCACUGAGUCACUCUUGCCUUUGUUUCGCCUUUCAACUUCCGUUAGCAGGAUUCUUAAUAUUAGCUCCAGGCUUGGCUCCAUUAACAAAAUGAGAAACCUUGGCAUAAAAGCAACUCUGCAAAAAGAGAAUCUAACGGAACAAGAAAUCGACCAAGUGGUGGAAAUGUUUACGGAAGACGUGAAGGAAGGAAGAUGGGAAAGUAGAGGGUGGCAGGAAAUAUGGACGGAUUAUUCGGUGUCGAAGCUGGCGUUGAAUGCGUAUUCGAGGGUGCUGGCAAAGAGGUUUGAGAAUGAAGGUAUUAGAAGAAGAAGAAUAAGCGUUAACUGCUUUUGCCCGGGGUUUACUCGGACUUGUAUGACGGGUGGGAAGGGCACUCACACCCCACAGGCUGCUGCUCAACUUGCUGCUUCUCUGGCUUUGCUACCUCCUCACCACUUGCCCAAUGGAACAUUUUUCCUGGGGUUUGGUCCUUAUAACAAGUCUAGACUGUAG